UACAAACCUGAGGGUUAAAUGGGGGCAUCCAACCAGUCUAAUCAGGAGGUACAGGGUUCAAUACAGUCAUCACUGGGGGCUACACCAAGGCAGUAUCUCCUGUUGGAAAAAAAAAGACAGAAAAAUCUAUAAUUAACUGGAGCUAUUAAAGGUGGAAAAUCAGGAUAUAAAGCAGCAGUAUACACAUGAAAGCAUCACAGCACUUUUGCUGAUGAACAGUGGACACGGCCGGGGACCAAAAGUCAGCGAUGAAGCUCCUUGCGUGUUGUCUGCCUCUUUUGUUCGCAACUGUGGUGGUAACCACCCCAAUCAGAGCCCGAAGAGAACAUGUGUUAAGCUUCCUAAGUGAUGCACUGAGUGCAACAACUGCAAAGAACAUACCUGCGCCUGUAACAGCAUACGAAAAGCCUCCGAGUAAACCUGUGAAGGAGCCAGAGUCUGAAGAUGUGUCAGACGUGAAAUCUACAGAGAGCUUUGACACCAACAGAUUCAAAGACCCUGACAGCCACGAGAUCAGGAUUCCUCAAGCUGUGGAGAAAGUAAAGAUCCCAUCACAGAGGAAAACAGUAGAACACAACGGAAAUGUGGGACCGAUGAACAUGAGCAGCAGGUUGGUUCAGGAACAGGGGAGCAGAGAGCAUGACGGUCCACCCGGGGAACUCCAAGCGAGCAGAGAGCCGGCCGAUCUGAACGGCAAGGAGGGAGUGACGGUGGAUGCUCAACUCGUCCGUUUAAGCAGAGAUCAAGUGACUGACAAUGCCAGUCUGAGCUCCAAUCUCAAGAGAAAGGCAACACCAGGAAGAGCUGAUGGACUAAAGGGUGUGCUGGCUCCAGGCCGAAACAAAGAACUGGCGGAUCAGGACAGCGUGGAGGAUGACAACCACAGAGCAUGGGCUGAAAAACUGAUGUUUAUAUUCCCAAAGAAACCAGAGAAUUUGUCAGCUCUGAAACAAAUCCAGUCGCACCUGCAGAGCACAGGCCCAGCAGCUCGUCUGCUCCAAGCAAGAACAGAGCCUCCUGACGAUCGUACAGAGAUUCUAUUCCUUCCUCAUAAUGAGUCAGAGGCCGCCAUCUGUUGAGUCAUAUGAUGCACACAGGCUGCGUCCAAAUACAGUCGCUCCUGGGACUUUUUCAUCCAAAAUUAGACGUUUAUAUGGAUUUUUUUUUCUCUGUUUUUUUUUUUUUGUUUUUGUUAUGUGACCGUAUGAAAACAUUUAAGAAAUAAAGAGGUUUCAACAAUAUUGGA